AUGUCUGACCCUUGCAACUACGAUUGGAGGUUGGAUCCUCUUGUUCCAAAACCAGAAAUACUUCACGCACCUCCCCCUAGAGAAGAGAAAAAGCCUACUGAUGUCACUGAUUUCCCUAACACCCCUAUGCUAGCAGCAUAUUUUUCUUUCGUGCAAAAUCAUUUUAUAAUAAAUCAUUUAAAUAAGAAAAAUAAAAAAUUUAUUAUAGAAAAAACCAAAAAAUGCUCUUUAUCAGCAUGGAAGUAAAGCAAAAUGUCACUCCAAUGCCUGAAGAGUAUCAUUAUCCAGAAGGAAAAUACAGACCUCCAACAUUACCAAUAAGAGGUGGAUUCAUUCCAACUAAUAUUCAUUUAGAAGCAGGAAAAAUUUAUAAGUGGUGCUCAUGUGGAGCUACUUGGGACGAGCCAUGGUGUGAUCACAAAUGCCAUUAUAUGCUCUCCAGAAAUAGGCCAAUAGCUUUCAACGUUGAUAAGUCAGGAUACUACAAAAUUUGCAACUGCAAGCAGUCAGCAAAUGCACCAUUUUGCAAUGGAACUGAAAGACUUUUGGUGAAAAACUUCUCAAAAACUUAUUUUGGAGCAUAUAGAACAGCCACAGCAGCUGGCUUGGGUCUAUUCUUCUUUGGAGUAUGGUGGAACUUCCGCUCUUAA